UGAAACUAUUCGUCAUUCGAGUUUGGUCGUGAGGUGCAAGAUACGCUGCCAGCUUUCAAGGCAGUUGGUCGAUGAAAUUAUUUUGCUCUCUUCUCGGCCAGCUCGAGCGGUGAUCGGACUAUUGCCGCAACUCUGGACAUCGUUAUGCUGCUCUAAAUGUGCUCGCUGCAGAAUUAGAAGCGCCGCAGAGCGACGUUAGGUGUUAUGGACACCACCGACCGAGGCGAUGCCAUUGCAGCGGGGGGAACAGGAGGCAAAAGAGCGUUUGCACGAAGGCUACAACAGAGUCUGCCUGCUGCGGAAGCAAGACGAAUAGCGUCUUCAGUGUUUCAUGAUGGCACGGACCAGUCGGCACCGAACACUCUUCAGAGAGCCAGCGGUGUGCCAGGACAUUCUCUGGUAACGCUCGAUAUACCGAGACCUGUGGACUAUGAAGGUUUCCUCAAAGCCCAGCGGCACCUGGUCGACAGCGACAAGCGCAAGGACCUCCUGCUCUACCCACAGAAGGACAUAGAGGUGUGCACAGAGCCGCGCUAUGUGCGCACCAGUGAAGCCCAGAUACCGGAAGCAGCACAGGAAGCAGGUAGUGUGCAUGUGAAGGACUGCGUACAGUGCUACACUUGCGAUUGGAGUAUGGUGCGCAGAAAUGCUGCAUUCACACAGGACCGUAUCAUGAGCCUGCGCAAGAUCCAGUCUGACAAGGAGAAGGAUCGCAAGCACGUCGGAAACAUUCAGGAGUAUGAAGUGGACAAUCCCCUGGAUGAUACAAAGUCAAUCGUGUCGAACACGGGUAGCCGUAUUCAUACGCUGGAACGCAAACGACCUUCAUCUCCAACCAGUAGUUUAGCAUCAAACAUGAGUUCGGCGACGGAUGUAAGCAUGUUUGACCUGGAAAUGACCGAGGAGGAAGAGCUGUUCCCUGAUCUUCUCGAAGACGUCCCAGUUGAAGUCGUUGAUGAUCAGAAUGCUAAAUGCCGCCGGGAGACUAGGCAAACAUCUCUGUUCAGUUUGUAUCCAUUCCACGAAGAGCUUGAAAAUCAUAUUGAGAACCGACCCUCUGCACCUCCUCCUGCUGAACAAGUUGGAUGCCGACUGCUUGUGAAGUGCUUGGACUUGCAGUUGGAGCUAGAAGUUGAACCAUUCUUUGCCGUCAUGGCACUGUAUGAUGUGCGGGAGAAGAAAAAGAUAUCUGAGAACUUUCAUUUUGACUUGAACUCGACCACCAUCAACAAGAUGAUGGACAACUACAUCAAGGAGCAAUCAAUGCCAUCUUUGAGUAGAGCUGCUGUCUUCUCAAUCACCUACCCACAUCCAGAUAUUUUCAUCGUUAUCAAGCUGGAGAAGGUUUUGCAGAAAGACAUCAGUGAGUGUGCAGAGCCGUACAUGAAAGAGUCCGACACUAAGAUUCGUGACAAGGUCAAGGCUGCAGCACAGCAAGCAUGUGAGCGCUUAGGCAAGUACCGCAUGCCUUUUGCAUGGACAGCCGUGCACAUUCAGGAUGUAGUCACUGGUGGACCCAGCCAAGCGCUGGAGCACAGUCGACGUGAGACGGCUGCCAAGCUUGAAGAAACCAAAAUUGCUGCCAAGGCAGCGUCGGAGCGGCGCUUCGAGGAGGUGCGCUCCACCGGCCUCCACUUUGCACCCGGCCGGACUGGCUGCGUAUCGUCCGACUCACUGGACCCAAUUUGCUCACAGCUGCAAUCCUUCAAGCCCGUAACCUUGACUGUCAAUAGCUUCUUCAAGCAAGAGGCGGACAAGCUGGAGAAUGAAGAUCUGUACAAGUUCUUAGGAGAGCUCAGAAAGCCUGGUUCUCUAGUACGGAGACUGAAAUGCAUCCCAGGUACUUUGAAACUGGAUAUAUCCGUGCCAGGGGAGCGUGUCAGCAACUCACUGACCAGUAAUCUUGUUCAGGUGAAACCCUACCCAGACCACCACUGUCGUCCAGUGCGUGAAGUAGAAGAGUUCCCGUCACGAGAAGUCUUCAUUCCGUAUUCGACGUACAAGAAUUUCCUGUACGUCUACCCGCAGCACUUGAACUUCAGCAGUAGGAGUGGCUCAGCUCGCAACAUUGCUGUCCGGGUCCAGCUCCUGAGUGGAGAGGACGAAUCCACAGCCUUGAAGUGCAUCUAUGGCAGGUCAUCUGGUCCCAAAUACACCAAGGAGGCUUGGACAGCCGUCACGUACCACAACAAAGCUCCGGAUUUCUAUGAAGAAGUGAAGCUGGAGCUACCUAUUGACUUGCGUGAGUCGCAUCACCUGCUCUUCACCUUCUAUCACAUCAGCUGUUCCAAGCCGAAGGACAAGGAGACCGGGCCAGUCGAGCCUGUUCUCCUCGGAUACACCUGGCUGCCACUGCUAAGAGAUGGCCUGCUGAAGAGUGGGGACUAUCACUUUCCGGUGACGAUGGAGAAGCCACCGCAAGCGUACAGUGUGUUGACACCAGAUGGAACACACUGCCUGCCCAAUCUGAAGUGGGUGGAGAACCACAAGCCGGUGUUCAGGUUUUCUACGCACGUCGUCUCAUCCCUCCAUCCACAGGAUCAAGCUGUUCAGAAUUUCCUGGACUCGUGCAAUCAACCACCGGUGUCAAUAUCUCGUCAUGACCCACGGCGGCACACAGCAUCGGGCGCAAGACCAGGUGACUUGGACAAGAUCAGUGGCAUGCCGAGCUCCGUCUCUCCGGACUCCAUCCUCUCCAACGCCAUCGACAGACUAGUGCAGUACGCUGGGGCGGAGGCCAUGAUGAAGUUUCUGCCGCUGCUGCUGAACAAGCUGUUUGGUGUUCUGAUCAGGCCAGGCAAGAGCUCUUCGGCCCACUCGGUGAAUGAGAGAGCGUUUGAUGCGCUGGCAGCUGUCAUCCACAGUGCGCACGAGCUGCUUGGCGAAUCCUGCGAUGCACACGGUCGGUGUGAGCAGUUGAUCAAGUAUGUCACGUAUGUGUUCAACUCGGUGGCACUGACGGAACGACAAGCAGCAGUGUAUGCUGCUACCAAGCCAGAUCAGGUCAACGGUAGACCACGCUCCAGUGUUGUUUCGUCCAAAACAGAUGAUGGAGAUACUGCGUCAGUUGAGAGUAGAUCCCAUGACAAGACCAUUCACGGCGAAAUUGCACUGCAGUGGGUCUUUGCUGGUCCUCAAGUCAAGGAAAGAGCCUACAGCAAUUCCUGGUUCUUCUUUGACAUCAUGGUGAAGAGCAUGGCACAGCAGCUUUCCAAAGAGAGCAAACUCUCGGUGCCUCCAGAGCAGCGCUUCUCCAAGUCCUACCAGGACGACGUCAGCAAACUGGUCAGCAACAUUUCCGAUGAGAUCAUCAAUCGUCACAUCAAGGAACCGCGUUUCACACAGAGCUUGAACACCAGCCUAGCGUUCUUCAUUCAAGAUUGUCUGUCGUACAUGGACCGUGGCUUUGUCUUUGGUGUCAUUCGGAGCUACUUGCGGCAGAUCAGCAUAGCAGCAGCUGACUUGAAUCUAAUUGAAUACAAGCUUGAUCUGCUGAGGAUUGUGUGCAGCCAUGAACACUACGUGCCUCUCAAUUUGCCACUGCUACCAUCCGCCAUGAUGGUCGUUGUGGGUGACAACAUCAACAGCAUUGCGUACUCAGCUUAUGUCGGUGAAACGCUCAAACAUCCCUCAAGAUCCGACUCUAAAUCGGACCCAAGCGCGUCUCUGAUUUCUUCUGAUCGUCAUGAUUUAAUGGGUGACGAUGGCAUGGAUGACCUUGGUACGAGCAGCCUGAUGUCUCUAACGAGAACCCCGUCGCUGCGAUCCGUGUCGUCCACCAUGACGGACGCACCAACACCGCUCAGCGAGGACAAUGUCUACAGCGAGCUAAGUCCAGAGUAUCGGCAGAUUCACUUCCUUGUUGGCCUGCUUCUUACAGAGCUAGCUGUGGUGCUGGAUGGACAGAGUUCCCGGCUACAUCGGCAAGCGAUCACAGCACUGCGCGACCUUAUCAUGAGCCAUGACAUCGACCCGCGGCUGAAGGACCAGGAGAGUCGCUCGCGCAUCGCUCCCAUGUACAUACCCAUGCUGGUGAUUAUGAUGGAUCACUACACGCGCUUCUGUCGCGACUUCUCAGCGCCGACCGGGGCACCACAGGGUGAAGAGGGUGGCGCAGCAUCUGGUUCGGCCGCCCCCACUCCAACCGGUGCCGGGCCAGAGGAUAGUGCAGAUGGCUCCACGAACGAUGAAGCGUCGAAGCGCACGUCCAUCGUGACCAGCACCUCCGAGAUCAUGUCGUUCCCGACGGGGACAUUGUCUCGGCACGAUCUACGUACUGCUGGCAUUACGAGCAACAUGAUCACUCAGGAGAAUACGCGCAAUCUUCUCAUAUGUUUCCUGUGGGUGCUGAAAAACCUGGACCAGCGACAGAUGAGGGACUGGUGGAUACAGUUAGACUUUGUCAAGAAAACAGUGGUUUUAGAUAUCAUGGAUCUUUGUGUGAUGGCCUUCGAGUACAAGGGCCGUGGCGCUUACUACUCUGCAUUCAGCACGACUGGAACAAGUGCCGGAGCCACGAACGAUGUCAAGCAGCGUCUUGCCAACGUCAUCCUCUCUGGUGCUGGGUCUGCGAGGGAGAAGCUGAUUGAGCGAAGACGGCAGCAGCAAGGUGGUAAUGUGAUUGACCCGGGCACUCGGCGGUGGGGAAGAACGAUCCAUCAGCAGCACGUUGGAAGCAGCCUACGGCCGAUGAACGAGGUUGAAUUGGACAUUGAUCUGGAGUCUCAGCUUGGUUCCGAAGGAGCACUGAUUGUGCUGGACACUUUGGAGCUAAUUGUGGAGGCAUCUACGGAGACAGACCGCUUCAACACCAUUCUCAGUUACUCAUUUGUGGUGUUGCUUCACUUGCUUGGGGCAAACCAGAGCUCUAACACUCUACAUCAUAUAUUUGCCAGCCAGAGAGCACUGGUGUCGAAGCAUCCAGAAUUUCUGUUUGAGCAGGAGACGGAGCAGAGCUCCGAUCUGUGUGCUAUCCUACUACGCCUGUGUGGCUCUGCUUUGGCAAGCACCAGAAGCCAAGCCAGUGCAUCGUUGUUCAUGCUGAUGAGGCACAACUAUGAUUUGGGACAGAGCUUUGCCAGAGUGAAGGUACAGUCAACGGUAGCACUGUCAACACUCGUUGCUGGCAGCCAGGGUCAGUCGUGCAACGCUGAUUGCCUGCGUCGCUCGCUUAAGACGAUCCUGACCUAUGCUGACCAGGACGAGGCCAUGUCAAACACUCCAUUCCCAGAGCAGGUCAAGGAACUAGUGCACAACCUGCACAUGAUCCUGCGAGACACUGUCAACUUGAACGAGUACAAGGAAGAUCCAGACAUGCUGCUGGACUUGAUGUUGCGUAUUGCCAAGGGUUAUGCUAACUCGCCAGAUCUCCGUCUAACCUGGCUGCAGAACAUGGCACAGAAACACAACGAGCGGCAGAACCUGGCCGAGGCAGGCAUGUGCAUGGUGCAUGCGGCGGCAUUGGUUGCCGAGUACCUCAGCAUGCUCGAGGACGACUCGUUCUUCCCUGCUGGCUGUGCAUCGUUUGAGAAAAUCUCACCAAACACACUCGAGGAGAGUGCAGUGUCAGAUGACGUCUUAGCACCGGAUGAUGAAGGCAUCUGCACAGGCAAACUUUUCUCGGUCCAGGGCUUGCUGGGUUUGCUGGGGCAAGCCGCCAUGCUGUUUGAAGUGGGUGGUCUCUGGGAAGCAGCUUGCAUGCUCUUACAGCACAUCCGGCCAAUCCAUGAAUCCGUGCGUGACCACAAGAAGCUGUCAAAGAUGUACUUCAAGAUGGGCGAACUGCAGAAGAAGAUCACUGAUCAGGCUGGUAAACGCUCACUGGGUGCGUACUUCCGUGUGACGUUCUUCGGCUUGCGGUUCGACGACCUGGAUGGCAGAGACUUCAUAUACAAGGAGCGUCCACAUACGUCCCUGGCAGAGGUCUGCAUUCGAUUUGAGCAAUUCUACGAGGCAAUGUUCGGCGCGGGAGGUGUGCAGAUCAUCAAAGACUCGAAGGAACCGGAUAGAGCCAAACUCGAUCCCGACACGGCUUACAUCCAGGUGGUGUUUGUUGAACCGUACUUCGACGACUAUGAGCUCAAAUGGCGUUCAUCUUUCUUUGAGAAGAACUUCAAUAUCUGCCGAUUCUUCUUCGACAUCCCGUUCACGGAGAGUGGCAAAUCACACGGUGACCUGGCUAGUCAAUGCAAGCGUCGCACUAUCCUCACAACUGCCAAUGUCUUCCCGUACGUCAAGAACCGGAUAGAGAUUGGCAGUCGGGAGUCGUUUGUUCUCUCACCGGUGGAAGUUGCUUUGGAGGACUUGCAGCGUAAGUAUGACACGCUCAUCGAGGCUGUACGACAACAACCGCCAGAUGUCAAGCGACUACAGUUGCAACUGCAGGGUUCCAUUGGAACGACGGUGAAUCAGGGUCCUGCGGAGAUGGCACUUGUCUUCUUAGCGAAUUCAGAAGAAGUCGCGCGUGACAAGAACCUUCGAAAGCUCAAGCAUUGCUUCCGCGACUUUGUGCGAGGCUGUGCUGAAGGACUGGAGAAGAAUAAGGAGUUGAUCAGUGACAAUCAGCGAGAGUACCAGCGCGAGUUGGAGCGCAAUUUUGUCGACUUCCGCAAGAAGCUGGAGCCUAUCUUUGGCAAGAAAACGAGUCAACGGUGGAUCAAAAAGAACAGAGAGAAGACUGUCCUGCAUAACAUAGCACGGCCGAGCAAUCAGAGAUUCUAGCUGACUGCCGGACUGGACCACAGCAGCUACACUGUCACUGACGCCUCACUGAUGUGCUAUGAAACAACCGCUGAACUACUGUGACACUUUGAUCAGGUACGAAUGCAAACACCCCGCAAGCACUGAUGGGUAGCGUUCGGGACCGAUCAACCAGGAAGAUGGUCAUCUGAUUUUCCUGCUGGGCCAUUGAUCGAAUUUUACGACCGAUCAACCAGGAAGAUGGUCAUCUGAUUUUCCUGCUGGGCCAUUGUUUGAAUUUUACCAUUGUACAUAUUAUUGUGAUUAGAUGAGACCCCCUACUGUUUCUACUAGCUGUCAAUUCAUUUGGUGUAAUGAUGCCAUACAUACUUGGCUUGCUGCCCCAUGCAUAUAUUCUCCAUGAUAGGAACUGCUGAUCCACAAACAUGCAUUCACUAGCUACUGAACCGCAGGAAUGCUAGUGCAGGUUAGUGUCUCUCAGUUAAGUUAUGAUGACGACGACGACGCUGACAGGCUAGUUGUGAUGUGCUGCUGCUGCCGCCGCCGCUGCUGCUGCUGCUUCUGUCAUGUUGCCACGCUGCCACUGCCACAGUUCAGCUGCUCCUCCUCCCGUAUAUGUCCUUGUGCAGAUCCCACUCAAACUGUGUAUACCAAUUAGAUCAGUUUUACCUCCAUUGAACCAUUUCCUAGGCCGUCCAUCUCCCAUAUGCUCACACUCCGGUGUGACAGGCGACUCAGAACGAGAGCGAAGAGAGAGAGAGAGAGCGGUGCGGGUAGGCAUGCCCAUCGGUCUGGCACCCAUGCUUGCAGAUUUCCAAAUUCAUCAACCCACAUUCUAACCCUGGAGGAACAACCAGAAUUGUGCUCCUCCCCUUCAAGAACUCAUCCCUGUCUUUCUUUCGCCCUAGUAUUUGAUACUGCAUUGUGCCCCUCUUGUCUGGAAUUUCUAUGUUGUACACACAUACGCCAGGCUCAUUUUAUGAGAGAUGGAUGAUGAAAAAUA